GGGAAACCAGUGGAGACACGAGGACCAGCGCGAGCGUUCCCGGUGGGCUCCCUCCCCCUGCGGCGACCCCCCCCCCCCCCGCUCUGACCGACUGGUCCCCUAAACGGUGGCGGCGGUUUUUGGUCGUUGGGCCCCGGGAUUUAGGACCAACAUUUGGAGACCCGAAGGGGAACUGCAACCAUGAAUGAAGAAAAUAUAGAUGGAACAAAUGGAUGCAGUAAAGUUCGAACUGGUACUCAGAAUGAAGCAGCAUUACUUGCUUUGAUGGAAAAGACUGGUUACAACAUGGUUCAGGAAAAUGGACAAAGGAAAUUUGGUGGUCCUCCUCCAGGUUGGGAAGGUCCACCUCCACCUAGAGGCUGUGAAGUUUUUGUAGGAAAAAUACCUCGUGAUAUGUAUGAAGAUGAGUUAGUUCCUGUAUUUGAAAGAGCUGGGAAGAUAUAUGAAUUUCGACUUAUGAUGGAAUUUAGUGGUGAAAAUCGAGGUUAUGCUUUUGUGAUGUACACUACAAAAGAAGAAGCCCAAUUAGCCAUCAGAAUUCUUAAUAAUUAUGAAAUUCGACCAGGGAAGUUUAUUGGUGUGUGUGUAAGCUUAGAUAAUUGUAGAUUAUUUAUUGGAGCUAUUCCCAAGGAAAAGAAGAAAGAAGAAAUUUUAGAUGAAAUGAAGAAAGUUACAGAAGGAGUUGUAGAUGUCAUUGUUUAUCCAAGUGCAACUGAUAAGACCAAAAAUCGUGGUUUUGCAUUUGUGGAAUAUGAAUCUCACAGAGCUGCUGCUAUGGCAAGGAGGAAACUAAUUCCAGGAACAUUCCAACUAUGGGGCCACACCAUUCAGGUAGAUUGGGCUGACCCAGAGAAAGAGGUGGAUGAGGAAACCAUGCAGAGAGUUAAAGUUCUUUAUGUAAGAAAUUUAAUGAUCUCAACUACAGAGGAAACAAUUAAAGCAGAAUUCAAUAAAUUUAAGCUUGGUGCAGUUGAACGGGUAAAGAAACUUAGAGAUUAUGCUUUUGUUCACUUUUUCAACCGAGAAGAUGCAGUGGCUGCCAUGUCUGUUAUGAAUGGAAAAUGCAUUGAUGGAGCAAGUAUUGAGGUAACACUAGCUAAACCAGUAAAUAAAGAAAACACUUGGAGACAGCAUCUUAACGGUCAGAUUAGUCCAAAUUCUGAAAAUCUGAUUGUGUUUGCUAACAAAGAAGAGAGCCACCCAAAAACUCUAGGCAAGCUGCCAACUCUUCCUGCUCGUCUCAAUGGUCAGCAUAGCCCAAGUCCACCUGAAGUUGAAAGAUGCACUUACCCUUUUUAUCCUGGAACAAAGCUUACUCCAAUUAGUAUGUAUUCUUUAAAAUCCAAUCAUUUUAAUUCUGCAGUAAUGCAUUUGGAUUAUUACUGCAACAAAAAUAAUUGGGCACCACCAGAAUAUUAUUUAUAUUCAACAACAAGUCAAGAUGGGAAAGUACUCUUGGUAUAUAAGAUAGUUAUUCCUGCUAUUGCAAAUGGAUCCCAGAGUUACUUCAUGCCAGACAAACUCUGUACUACGUUAGAAGAUGCAAAGGAACUGGCAGCCCAGUUUACGUUACUUCAUUUGGACUACAAUUUCCAUCGCAGCUCAAUAAAUAGUCUUUCCCCUGUUAGUGCUACCCUCUCUUCUGGGACUCCCAGCGUGCUUCCUUAUACUUCAAGGCCUUAUUCUUGUCCAGGCUAUCCCUUGUCACCAACAAUAUCACUUGCUAAUGGCAGCCAUGUUGGACAACGACUAUAUAUCUCCAGUCAGGCCUCAUUCUUCUGAAGAAAAUACUAACAUUAGUAUGAAAAUUUGUGUAAAUUUGUAGCAUGAAAACUUGCAAAUUAAAAUACUAUUUUAUUUUAGAAUUGGGUUUGCACAUUUGGUUUUAAAAAGAUAUUUAUUCCAAAGUACUAAAUAUCAGCUAUAAUUCAGAAUAACAUGGAGUUGUAGAAUUUAUAAAAAUGCAAAGUUUAAAAAGUUAUUCAGUGGUUUCUCUUGAUAAAGGUAGAGCAAACUACUAUUCUUUUUAAACUUUUGGGAUUUUCUUCUAAUUCCUGAGUGGGCAAUAGAACCUAGUCAUUUAUGUUAAUUUUUUGCAUAAUUUUACUAAAUAGUAUUUCACAAAUAUUAAAGCACUUGAAGACAAGGGUUAUAGUAGAUUUGAUUACCAAGGAUCACUAUCUGUACUGGAGAUUAGAACAAUUAUAUGACCAGAAGCAUCUAACCAUUAUGUAGAAAGAAAUGAUGAGACAAAAAGAUUAAGAUACAAAUUUUGUGCAGUACUAAAGAAAAAGCAGUCUACCAUUGUGGUCCUUGAAAAUAACUAUAGAUAUUUUCAUUAUUUGUUAGACACAAAUUAUAUUUUUGCUGUUAAUGUAUUUAAGCAUUUUAUAGUUAUGCUUCAUUUGUGUUUUUGAUAUUCUUUGUAUUGUUAAUAACAAGCGUUAUGGGUUUUUAAUGUUGAAAUCAUGUGUUAAUUUUUGUACUUGAAUUCAAAUUUUUUGACAUUAAAUAUGUGAUGCUUC